CUCCGUUCCUGACUGCUGCUGCAGCUCCUUUACUGUGUGCUCUCUCUCUCUCUCCCCCACCCCCCUUCUCCAAGCAGCUCGAAGCCUUGGGUCCGGUGCCCCCAAAAAUGGCGAAAUCGCCGGCCGAUCGGAGCCCAAUCUGAGCCCGCACGCUCCGCAGUAGCCCGAUCUCCCGAAUCCCCAAAAGCGCCCCGGUUGGAAAUGGCCGCCACUGUCCCGAUCGGGCUCGCGACGCGCGAUUCGGUGGUGCUUUGGCCCGGGGGACCCGAGGGCCGCAGGUUUUCUGAUUGACUCUGACUGAGCCGUGGUUGCUCUCGCUCUUCGGUGGGGCUCCGGGUGUCCUGCGGAGAGAGCAGCGGCGACGGGUAAUCGGCGGAUUGGAGAAAUGCUCAGCAAGAGCCCUUUGGCGAUGCGUCAGGAGAUGGGCGGCGUGAGAGGGGAGGAAGAGCCGGAGGACGAGCUUGACGCGCUGCUCCGUGCCGGUGGCGGCGGAGCGCGUCGGCGAGGUGAGGAGGCUGGUGAGAAGGAACGGCUCAGCAUAUUCCGAAGCGGGUCGGCGCCACCGACCAUAGAGGGUUCACUAAACGCCAUCGGCGGCCUGCUCCGCGGUGGUGGUGAGACGCCCCGGGCCGCUGCCGCCGUUCCUGACGCUGAGGAGUUGAACGGACAUGGCGGACUCCUGUCGGAGGAGGAGCUCCGGGCUGACCCAGCCUACCUGUCGUAUUACUACUCGCACGCCAAUCUUAACCCGAGGUUGCCACCGCCGGUCCUGACAAAGGAGGACUGGCGGUCAACACAGCGGCUGAAGGCAGGGGUAGAGGUGGUGGGAGGGAUUGGGGACAGGAGAAAGGCAGUGCAGGAAGAGGCUGGACAGGGGAUGGCCGCCGGGAUGUCGCUGUUCCCACAGAAUCCUGGUUUCGAUCGGGAGGAGCAUGGAAGCAAGGGUGUGGGCGGUGCUGCAGAGUGGGUCGAUAGAGGAGGUGAUGGGCUCAUUGGGUUAUCACUAGGACGGCAACGCAGCUUUGCUGAUAUGUUUCAGGAUAACCUUGGCCGCAGAACACCUACUUCAGAACAUCCCUCUCGUGCAGCCAGUCGCAAUUCAGUUGAUCCUUCUGAGAACCAAUACUCUUUACAUAAUGAUACUAUGGAUGCACAGCGCUCUGUUGGAAAUGCACAAAGUGUCGGCAGUCUUUCCAGUAUUAAUGCAUCUGCAUCUCAAACUUUUGCUUCUGUUCUGGGUUCAUCAGCUUCAAGGAAUGCGACACCAGAUUCCCAUUAUAUCCCUAGGGUUCCUAGCCCUGGCCUUCCACCUGUUGGCGCUAGGAUUAGUUCUAAUGAGAAGAGACUAAAUUGUUCAUCGUCAUCAUUCAACACAGUAUCAUCAAAAGCACUUGAGCCUGAUGAUAUAUUAACUGCACUAUCUAGCAUGAACUUGUCAAAAGGUGGCACUUUGAACAACAACAGCAACAUUAGUCAAUCAAAGUUUCAGAGAGAGAUAAGUGAUUACCAUAAUUUUGCUCUUGGCCCGCAAGCUGCUCAAGUCAGCAGUAGGCAGUAUUCUGCGAUGUUGGAAGCAGAUGCUGAAUAUGCAGGUGUACCAUCAAAUUCUUCAUUUGCUGAUAUUAAGAAUAGUGCACCUAAUCCAGCAGACUUCAGAGGUUCCACAAACACACGGUUUGAUGGACACGGGGAGAUAAAAAGAUCUUCUACUCUUUCUGCUCGUUCAUAUCAGAAGUCUCCACCAUCUUCUAAUGCAAGUCCAGGUGGUUCUCCUGCUCAACAUCAGAAUCUUGAUGGAACAAAUUCAGCAUUUCUUAACUAUGGGCUCAGUGGAUAUUCACUCAAUCCGGGUUUCAACUCCAUGAUGAUGAAUAACAUGGGUUCAGGUAGCAUGCCUCCUCUGUUUGAAAGUGGUGCAGCAGCAUCUGCUAUAGCUUCACUUGGGUCAGAUUCAAGAAACCUUGGUAGCAAUAUUUCGUCACCACCUGCCUUAAGUCUAUCGGAUCUGCAUAACCUUGGUAGAUCCAAUAAUCAAACAGCCACUGGUCUUCAGUCUCCUCUCUCCGAUCCUUUUUAUGUUCAGUAUUUGAAGACAGCUCAAUAUACAGCGCAGGAAGCAGCCAACUACAGUGAUCCUUACUUGGAAAGAGGUUUCAUGGGUAGUUCGUAUGCUGAUUUAACACCAGUUCAGAAAGCUUAUGUUGAAGCUUUGCUUCAGCAGAAGCAAUAUGGGAUGCCACUUGGUAAAUCAGUAUCCUCAAAUCAUGGUUACUAUAGCAAUCUGGGUUACGGCAUGGGCAUGGCAUACCCUGGAAGCCCUUUGGGAAGUCCUGUUGCUUCCCCAUCAGGUCCUGGCAGUCCAAUUAGGCUCGGUGAGCGGAAUCUGAGGUUUCCUUCUAACACGAGAAGCUUGACUGGUUGGAACGUUGAUCCAAGUGGCUAUAUGAAUGGGAACUUUCCAUCUUCACUUUUGGAUGAAUUCAAAAACAAUAAGGCCAGAAGCUUUGACCUUGCUGAGAUUGCUGGGAAUGUGGUGGAGUUCAGCGCUGACCAAUAUGGAAGUCGUUUCAUACAGCAAAAACUUGAAACUGCGACAGUUGAGGAAAAAAACAUGGUUUUUGAGGAGAUCAUGCCUCACGCUCUCUCAUUGAUGACUGAUGUAUUUGGGAAUUAUGUAGUGCAGAAGUUUUUUGAGCAUGGGAGCUCCACACAACGCAGGGAGUUGGCUGAUAAACUAUUUGGACAUGUACUAACUCUUAGCAUUCAGAUGUAUGGUUGUCGAGUUAUCCAAAAGGCAAUAGAGGUUGUUGAUCUGGACCAGAAGACAAAAAUGGUUACUGAGCUUGAUGGUCAUAUCAUGCGAUGUGUGCGUGAUCAAAAUGGAAACCAUGUUAUCCAGAAAUGUAUUGAGUGUAUACCAGAAGAUUCCAUUCAGUUUAUUAUCUCGACAUUCUAUGGUGAAGUUGUUACACUGUCCACUCACCCCUAUGGCUGCAGAGUCAUACAGAGAGUACUGGAGCAUUGCACUGAUACAAACACACAGCAAAUUGUCAUGGAUGAGAUAUUGCAAUCUGUAUGCAUGCUGGCACAAGACCAGUAUGGAAAUUAUGUUAUCCAGCAUGUUAUGCAGCAUGGGAAGCCUCAUGAGCGGUCUUUUAUUAUUGAAAAGCUAGCUGGACAGAUCAUCCAGAUGAGCCAACAGAAAUUUGCCUCAAAUGUUGUCGAGAAGUGUCUAACAUUUGGAGGACCUUCAGAGCGGGAAGUUAUCAUAAAUGAAAUGCUUGGAACUACUGACGAGAAUGAGCCUCUCCAGGCCAUGAUGAAGGAUCAGUUUGGUAACUAUGUUGUACAAAAAGUACUAGAGACUUGUGAUGAUCAGCAGAGAGAGCUGAUUCUUUCACGAAUAAAGGUUCAUUUAAAUGCGCUGAAGAAAUAUACAUAUGGGAAGCACAUUGUUGCUCGAGUGGAAAAACUUGUUGCUGCUGGUGAGAGGAGGAUUGGACUUCAGUCGUUGCAGUAUCCUUCCUAAUGGCAUAGGAAUGACCAUGUACAGCUAACCAUGGCCACCGAGAUCUACCUUCUGCCGCCUGCUUUUGGGCUGCUGCAAGCCAAAUUAGAAAUAAACAUGUUGUACCGAGACUUUGUACAUUUUGUAGUUUGAGCUUAUAGUCGUGUCAGGGUUUGGCUCAGCGAGUUUAUCUACCUGAUGCCACCGCGGAGAAGAUAGGCGUCAUGUAUAAAUCUGCAAUCCUGAGAGAGAAAGCUAUCAGAGCUGUCUAGGUGUAAAAAGGGGAGGAGAGUCUGAUAUUUUGCGAGUGUACAAAUCUGCAAUCCUGAGAGAGAAAGCUAUCAGAGCUGUCUAGAACAAAUUUGAUCGCCAUCCCGUGUGUAUAACUGAGAGGUAUGAAGUUAGCUGCCGUUCGUUUCCUGUAA